AUGUGUAUUUUAUUCUGGACAGUUCAGAAUCACCCCAAGUAUAAAUUUAUAUUUGCAGGCAAUCGAGACGAGUUUCUUAGACGACCCACAGCUCGAGCACGGUUCUGGGAAGAAGCAGACGAGAAUAUUCUAGGGGGUAUCGAUUUAGAGGCUCAUCCGAUGGACAAUGUCAAAAAUGGUACUUGGCUUGGCAUCAAUCGACAAGGCAAGUUUGCUGCUCUCACCAACUUUAGAGAGCAACAGUUCAAGGGAACUGUCACACGAGGUGCAUUAGUAAGAGACUUUCUUUACAGCCAUGAUCCAGUUCACAUGGCAGUUGAUUAUAUCAAGAGCCGUGCUGAGGAUUUUGGAGGAUUUAGCUUGAUCUGCUUUGACUUUGGGAACAAGAAUCAAGUAGAGAUGAUGUAUAUCACAAACAGAGAAAAUCAACUUGUGACGGAGCUGGAGCCAGAAAAGAUUUAUGGACUCUCAAAUUCAAUCUUGACAAAACCCUGGCCAAAGGUAACUCAAGGGAAAGAACUAUUUGAAAAAAUUAUAAAGUCUGGAAACAAUGAUCCAAAAGAAUUGAUUGAGGCAUUGUUUGAUAUGUUGAGUACAAGUCAGCCCAUGACAGAUACAGAAAAUGUGGAAACUAUUAUGGAUGACCUGAAGGAACGCAUAUUUAUACCCAAGUUUGACUUUCCUGCUAUCACAGGCGUUAAAGAACCUAGUUAUGGAACACGUACAAGUACGGUAGUACUAAUAGACUAUGAUGAUAAUGUUACUUUUGUCGAACGUGAUUGGUAUGACAGCAACCUUUCACUUUGUAAGUCUGGCGAAUGUGAUGAAAGAUCCUUUAGAUUUCAAAUAGAUCAAGUCUCAUAA